AAGAGCCGAGAACUGGGCCGCCUCGAUCCGAACCUCUAUUUGAGUGAAACCAAUGAAGAUCUCUACGAUGUGUCAAUUGAUCACUUGGGUCGGGUGUGGUUCACCGUCUCCUACGAUGAAACCGCCGAACAACUACGCAUUACUAUUCACAAAGCGCGUAACCUUCGCUCUCCCCGUUACCAAUCCUUUCGCUCCUCCUCGGCAAUCAUCUCCAACGACAUGACCUCGCUCGGUCUUUUGACACCGGCCCCCACUCAGGAUUGCCGUAUCAGUCUCCUUAGCUGGUGGUCCAUGGGCAGCCUGCGAUCUAUGCGAUUGUCGUCUCUGGGGAAGCGCAUGAUCCACCUCAGUGGUACGCUUUCCUUCUUCUUCUUCUUCCUCUUCUUCCUGCUCCUCCUCUUUGUCUUCGUCCGACAGCGUGCAUCAAGACGAUUGGAAAGAGAAGAGAGAAAGAUAAUCGUCUUUCCGGAAUUAUUUAUGGCGAAAUGA